UUUCAAAGAUGGCCGCCCUGUUGUUUUGAUGAAUAAUACUUGGUGGGGCGAGGGGUAAGAGUAGGGGUGGAGGGGUAGGAGGAUUUACGCUUCCAACGAGAGCAUCGCGAGUCCCACCCUCCCCCUUCCCCGGCCCGGGUUCCAGCGUGGAGGAGGGGCGUGUCCGGCCUGCUUUUAGAGGGGAGGGGCUUCUCUACACAGUGCAGGGCCCCGUCAGGGCGGCUGUGGGGGCUUCUUGCUUGGGAGCAUCCACUCUGCGGUGGAGUCGUUCCCGCCGGAGGCCGAGGGUGGGGAGAGGAGAGCAGGAUCCUCUGGAGAAGACGCAGCUGCCGCGCCGCCACCCGCAGGCUGUGGGCACGCGAGGAGCUGGCGACCGCGCUGCCCCUCUGGGUAACCCGGGCGGCGAGUGGCGCCUUCAGCUCACCCUGUCGCAGCGGCGGCCAGAGGCGGCUGCAGGGCUCGGGCAGCUGAGGGAGUCGCAGAGGCGGCGGAGGCCACCCAGUCCAGGCAGCUCAGUGCCUCGUGUUCUUAGCUUUUAACCUCUGACUAUGCAAUUCUGAAACCUCCCCCAUUCGGGGGACCAGCCUGCCUGCUAGACACCUUCCCCUCCUCGCCUUGCUCCCGCCGCGGUCUCGAGAACAGAAGGACCUCUCCUAACGCCUGUCACCAUUAAGAGGAAAGCGAUGGAGGAGCUGAGCGCCGAUGAGAUUCGCCGGAGGCGCCUGGCACGACUUGCCGGUGGACAGACCUCCCAGCCCACCACCCCGCUUACCUCGCCCCAGAGGGAGAACCCUCCAGGGGCCCCGAUCGCAGCGUCAGCCCCAGGCCCCUCGCAGAAUCUCGGCCUCAAUGUCCACAACAUGACCCCAGCUACUUCCCCGAUAGGUGCUGCAGGAGUCGCGCACCGGAGCCAGAGCAGUGAGGGGGUCAGCUCUCUGAGCAGCUCACCCUCCAACAGCCUAGAGACGCAGUCUCAGUCUCUGUCGCGCUCCCAGAGCAUGGAUAUCGACGGCGUCUCCUGUGAGAAGAGCAUGUCCCAGGUGGAUGUGGAUUCAGGAAUUGAAAACAUGGAGGUUGAUGAGAAUGACCGACGAGAGAAGAGGAGCCUUGGCGACAAGGAGCCUGCCUCGGGCCCUGAAGUGUCUGAAGAGCAGGCCUUGCAGCUGGUCUGUAAGAUCUUCCGCGUCUCCUGGAAGGACCGGGACCGAGACGUCAUCUUCCUUUCUUCUCUCUCUGCACAGUUCAAGCAGAACCCAAAAGAAGUGUUCUCUGAUUUUAAGGACUUGAUUGGCCAGAUCUUGAUGGAAGUGCUCAUGAUGUCUACUCAGACCAGAGAUGAAAACCCAUUUGCCAGCCUCACUGCUACGUCCCAGCCUAUCGCAGCAGCUGCUCGGUCGCCGGACCGAAAUCUCUUGCUGAAUCCCAGCUCCAAUCCUGGAACCAGCCCCAUGUUCUGCAGCUUGGGCUCCUUCGGUGCCAGCUCUCUGUCUAGCCUCUAUGACACUAGCCCAGCCCCUGCUGCUGGUCCCUGUGGCUCGGGGCCGGGGGCAAGUCCAUCCUUCACGUCCCCUUCCCGUGUAUCCCUCAGCCUUCACACAGCAGCUUCUGGAUCUGCAGCAGGAAGCCAGCCCUCAUCACUGUCCCUGUCCCCACGCUACCGGCCCUACACAGUCACACACCCAGGGGCGCCUCCACCUUGCACUGUCCCGCUGCCCAUCCCCUCUGGCUCUCCCGCCCUCCCUGCCCUUUCGGGGAGCCCCCCAGCGGGCACCUCCAGACCGAGGCCUCCAAGCCUGGGCCCAGCUGUCCCACCCGUCUCGCCCAGUGUUGCCAGCAGACGUCCCUCCUCCCUGCGGAUAUCUCCUAGUAUGUACGACACUCCCUUCUCCUUCCUCUUCCUCCCGCUUUCUGGGGACAGUAGUGAUGAAGAAGACGAAGAGGAUGAUGGUCAUGGUGAUGAUGAAGGUGGUGGUGGUGGUGAUGAUUUUCCUUUUGUCCAGUUUGGGUCCAGUUUGGGAGCCUCUGGUGGUGGAGCGUCUAACUGGGAUUCCUACAGCGACCAUUUCACCAUUGAAACCUGCAAGGAGACAGACAUGCUGAACUACCUCAUUGAGUGUUUUGACCGAGUUGGAAUAGAAGAAAAAAAAGCACCAAAGAUGUGCAGCCAGCCAGCAGUCAGCCAGCUCCUGAGCAACAUCCGCUCGCAGUGCAUAUCCCACACCGCGCUGGUGCUGCAGGGCUCGCUGACGCAGCCGAGGUCCAUGCAGCAGCCGUCCUUCCUUGUGCCAUACAUGCUGUGCAGGAAUCUCCCCUACGGCUUCAUGCAGGAGCUUGUGAGGACAACUCACCAGGACGAGGACGUCUUUAAGCAGAUCUUUAUCCCCAUUUUGCAAGGCCUGGCUCUUGCUGCCAAAGAAUGCUCCCUGGAUAGUGACUACUUUAAGUACCCCCUCAUGGCGUUAGGUGAACUCUGUGAAACCAAGUUUGGGAAGACGCACCCCGUGUGCAAUUUGGUCGCCUCUCUGCCCUUGUGGCUGCCGAAGCCCUUAAGCCCCGGCUCCGGGCGUGAGCUGCAGAGGUUGUCUUACUUGGGAGCCUUCUUUAGCUUCUCGGUCUUUGCCGAAGAUGACAUUAAAGUGGUUGAAAAGUACUUCUCGGGGCCUGCCAUUACCCUGGAGAACACGCGUGUGGUCAGCCAGUCCCUGCAGCACUACCUGGAGCUGGGCCGGCAAGAGCUCUUCAAGAUUCUGCAUAGUAUUUUGUUAAAUGGGGAGACCCGGGAGGCCGCCCUCGGCUACAUGGCAGCUGUCGUCAACGCCAACAUGAAGAAGGCACAGAUGCAGACAGAUGACCGAUUGGUAUCCACAGAUGGAUUUAUGCUGAAUUUCCUCUGGGUAUUGCAGCAGUUGAGCACAAAGAUCAAGUUAGAGACAGUGGACCCCACGUAUAUAUUCCACCCUCGAUGUCGGGUCACCCUCUCCAAUGACGAGACGCGCGUGAACGCGACCAUGGAGGAUGUGAACGAGUGGCUGGCUGAGCUCUAUGGCGACCAGCCGCCCUUCUCAGAGCCCAAGUUCCCCACCGAGUGCUUCUUCCUCACCCUGCACGCGCAUCACCUCUCCAUCCUGCCCAGCUGUCGCCGCUACAUCCGCAGGCUCCGCGCCAUCCGGGAGCUCAACAGAACUGUGGAAGAUUUGAAGAACAAUGAAAGCCAGUGGAAGGAUUCCCCGUUGGCGACCAGGCACCGAGAGAUGCUGAAGCGCUGUAAAACCCAGCUCAAGAAACUGGUACGGUGCAAGGCCUGUGCUGACGCUGGCUUACUUGACGAGAGCUUCCUGAGAAGAUGUCUGCAUUUUUAUGGCCUUCUCAUUCAGCUGCUGCUCCGCAUCCUGGACCCUGCGUAUCCCGACAUAACACUGCCUUUAAGUUCAGAUGUCCCCAAGGUAUUUGCAGCAUUGCCGGAGUUUUAUGUUGAAGAUGUUGCUGAAUUUUUAUUUUUUAUUGUACAGUACUCGCCCCAGGUGCUCUACGAGCCCUGCACUCAGGAUAUCGUGACGUUCCUCGUCGUGAUGCUGUGCAACCAGAACUAUAUCCGGAACCCGUACCUCGUGGCCAAGCUCGUGGAGGUCAUGUUCAUGACCAACCCUGCUGUUCAGCCGCGAACCCAGAAGUUUUUUGAGAUGAUUGAGAACCACCCUUUGUCCACCAAAUUGCUGGUACCAUCGCUGAUGAAGUUCUACACAGAUGUUGAGCAUACUGGAGCCACCAGCGAGUUCUACGACAAGUUCACCAUUCGCUACCACAUCAGCACCAUCUUUAAAAGCCUUUGGCAAAACAUAGCUCACCAUGGCACCUUCAUGGAGGAGUUCAAUUCUGGGAAGCAGUUCGUUCGCUAUAUAAACAUGUUGAUAAAUGACACCACAUUCUUGCUCGAUGAAAGCCUGGAGUCGCUGAAGCGGAUCCACGAGGUGCAAGAAGAGAUGAAGAACAAAGAACAGUGGGACCAGUUGCCGCGGGAUCAGCAGCAGGCCCGGCAGUCUCAGCUGGCUCAGGAUGAGCGCGUCUCCCGCUCAUACCUCGCCCUGGCGACAGAAACCGUGGACAUGUUCCACAUCCUCACCAAGCAGGUCCAGAAGCCGUUCCUCAGACCGGAGCUUGGACCCCGCUUGGCUGCGAUGCUGAACUUCAAUCUUCAGCAGCUUUGUGGCCCCAAAUGCCGUGACCUGAAGGUUGAGAACCCCGAGAAGUAUGGCUUUGAGCCAAAGAAGCUGCUGGACCAGCUGACGGACAUUUACCUGCAGCUGGACUGUGCGCGCUUCGCCAAAGCCAUCGCCGAUGACCAGAGAUCCUACAGCAAGGAGCUGUUCGAAGAAGUCAUUUCAAAGAUGCGGAAGGCGGGGAUCAAGUCCACUAUAGCGAUAGAGAAGUUUAAACUCCUCGCUGAGAAGGUAGAGGAGAUCGUGGCCAAGAACGCACGCGCGGAGAUCGACUACAGCGAUGCCCCGGACGAGUUCCGAGACCCACUGAUGGACACGCUGAUGACUGACCCCGUGCGCCUGCCCUCCGGCACCAUCAUGGACCGCUCCAUCAUCCUGCGGCACCUGCUCAACUCGCCCACCGACCCAUUCAACAGGCAGACACUGACAGAGAGCAUGCUGGAGCCAGUGCCAGAACUGAAGGAACAGAUCCAGGCAUGGAUGCGAGAGAAACAGAACAGCGACCAUUAACUUGCGCCUUUGCCACCCUCUGCUGGAAGCAGCCGGGCCAGCGGGGCAGGCAGGAGCAGCGCCUGUGCCGAAACUGCUGCUGUGUCAGGGGCCCAGCGUGGCCUCGUCCCUGAGAGCCCAUCCCAAGCGACCAAACCGCAGAGACGGGCAGGGCCCCAGAUGGGAAGAGGAGCCCGAUCCUAUACAUACAUUUAAGUGACACACAGGCAGGAGCUUGGGGGCCGAGCGGGAUGAAUGCUUGCGUGAUAAAGCGCGUCCCUCGCACGCCGCAGCUGGGGCUUGUGCGGUGGGAGCGUGUGGUGGUGGGACAGGCAGGGCGGCACCCUUUCAUCUCCGUGGUCUUUGUAAUCCAGUGUCCGUUGAUUUGAUUGUGAUUAGAGAACGUGGACAUUUUGCUGCUAAAGAAUCUCCCCUCCCCCCUUCCUGACCCUACUUGCACUGCUGGAUUUUUUUGUUUUUUGUUUUUUUUUAAAGAAGCAAAAACAAACUCCUCUCCCUGCCCUCCCAGCGUAUAUUCUGUGAAAUAACUGUGCCUGCAACGAAGUGUUACUCCCGGGAUCAUAUUUUUAUAUCAUAGUCACAUAUUUGUUUUUUUAAUUGGUGUUAGAUGACAUGAUUAAUAAAAAAAGGCAAGAUAUUUUCAGAAUUUGAAUUUGUUUUUGGUUUUCGGUUUUGUUUUUUCCUUUUUAAAUGUCCCUUAAAUUUUUUUAUGGUGAAACACAGUGAAGAGACGCCUUGUUGCUCUGGUCCUUCGAUCGAGCCCCGCCAGGAGUCAGAGGAGCAGUGCUGCGGCAGACGGGCCCUGAGUGCGGACCGCAGGAUUUUUGAAGGGGACGAGGGUUGGUUUUUCUCUCUCUCUCUCUCUCUUUUUUUUUUUUUUUUUUUUAUGAUACUGUCCGUGGGUUCGAAGCCUGCACCCUUACGCUGCGAAGGGAGAUGAAUUCCUCAGCCCUGAGUCCAGGCACGGAGGUGGGGCCCACGUGCAGGACAUGUCCCCUGGGCUCGGCCUUACCAAAGCAGAGCAGAGUACGAGCACCACGGACGCGUGUCUGCUGCUGACAUACAUGGACACGCGUACACACGCAUAUACACGCACACACACAUAUUUUGUAUUACUGCUCCCUGCGCGACAUACUUGAAUUCUACAGUUUCCUUUGGGAUAAAAAGGAUUUGAAACCAUGAAGUGUUUGGAAGAGAUUAAGUCUAAAAACAUUCUUCUCUCUUUUCCUCCCCGCUCCACAGACAAUGUCCCCUGUUCGAUUCCUAAUCGCAAACGACAAUAAACAGUGAUACACAGCAAAAA